UUAGAUUUCCUUCUUGCUUCUGUCUUGCCUUUGCCUUCUUCGUUUUCUUUGGUCUGCCUCUGUCUCCACCCGACUUUGUGUCGCUUCAAUACACAAGCCGAAUGCCGUUUUGUAAUCUCUACCUGCAUCGAAACUGGAGCAAACAGGGGGAUGACGACUUCGACAGGGAGUCAGAGUUAGGGCAGGGCAAGGGUUACAACAAUGAGACACAUUGUGUGAAAGAGCAUGACCGGGGUCUUAUCCCCUCUCCUAUUGCACCUGGUUCUCUCCCUCUCUCUUUCUGUAACUCCUUCUGGCAGCAGCGUCUUGUGUGCGUGUGUGUGUGUGUUUAUGUUACUGCGUUUUUAUGUAGGUGACCAUGUCUAUGUCUAAGCUUUUUCGCCUAGGGUAUGAAGGGGCAUAUCAGUUAAAAGGGAAUACAUGAAAUGUUACAUACUUAUUUAUGUAUACGCCAUCGUACACAAAAAACACUUUUGAGUUUGGGUUUUCAUACAAAUUAUUCGUCUAAGCAGACAAUGUUUUGAACAUUUUGAUUGUAACAAUCUAACAUAAUCACACGGUAUUCAAAAGUCGAGUACUGCACAUUAAAUUUUCGAAACAACGCGAUGCAAACUCUGGGCGAACACGAACACCAGCCGAAGACGACGACGGUGUCGAUUCCGUUCGCUUUCGGUUUUGUUCUCUUGGCCGCACUAUUCUAUUGCGUCUUUGGUUUUCUGCGUCGUCCGCUGCGGCGUUGGCGUCGACAGAUGCAGAGGAUGAGCAGAAGCAAUAAUUCGGGCCGCCGCAGACAUAUGCAUGUGCACGUUUACAGGCGUGCACGCACUCACACACGUCAUGUGCAGAGGAUCGGGAUAGAGUUCGAGAAGUUACCGAAACUAAUUUUGCGACUCUUUACACAGAAAUCCGUGAUGAACCACCUACGGGUGCACAAAUUCAAGAUCGGCGGCAAGGACAGCAGCGCCGUUUCUGCAGCGGUUGCGGUUGCAGCCGAUCCCUCGGACAACAAUAACGGCAAUCACACGAACAACAACAACAACAACAACAACCAGAAUGGAAACGGUGGCGGCGGUGCCAAAAGAUUCCUCACACGCAUCAAACGGUACUCGGUGCUUGGCAACAAACUAAGUCGCCGCCACCUGGGGAGCCUCAACCUACAGUCGUCUGCGGCCGGAGCGGAGAGGGGCGCCGAUGGAGAGCGGCUUGGCUCUGUGCAGUCGCCCGGCAAGACUAUAUCCGGCAGCUACAACAUGACCGGCAGCCACUCGGAGGACCAUCGCCUGGAGAUCGGUGCCCCGGUGCUGAUAUCGACCACCACAUUGGAUACGGACCGCUUUGAUGUGACUGAGGCCCGACUCAAGCAGAUCGGCGGCGGCAUUGCCCAGACCUCCACCAUUGUGCGCACCCUGACGCCGCGCAGCUCCGACGAGGAGGAGUUUUUGGAUGCCCGCUGCACUCAGCUGGAUCGUGAUGAGCGGGAUGAGGCGGAGGAGUUUCAGACGCCCAUUCAUCAGCCACAGGAAGGAGAACACGAGGAGCCACAGCCACAGAAGGAACAGCCAGCGCCACAAAAGGAAGUAGAGUCACAGCCACAGCGACACUCACAGGAGGAUUUGCAAGAAGAUCUACUUGAGGAGGAGGAAGAGAAGAUGGUGAUGCCACCGAUGCGACGGGCCAACAUCGCUCGCCAGCAGCAGGCCAUGUCCGUGCAGAAUCUGCACAGAACCGAACUGAAGGUCUACCUGCACAAGUCGCCCUCGAUGACGCUCGACAUGAACGUGACGGCUCCGGGGCAUCUGGGCCCGGGCCUCAACAUGCCAGAGCUGCCGGAGCUGUAUGGCGACAGCAAGCUGAGCCUGGCGGCCAGCGACAUGGACAACAACAAGGAGAAUACACCGGUGGAUGGUAUGCCUAUCGCCAAUGGAGGAGGAGGAUUCCUGUCGCAUCAGUCGCGCUUCAAGAGCAUCGAAUCGUUCCAGCUGCACAGCCGCUCGAAGCGCAGCUCCUCUCAGCCGAGCUCGAAGCAGAGCUCAAAGAUGAGCCUCGACUGCUCCGUGCACAGCUUCGACUUCGACUUCAAGUCGGUCAGCUAUCAGAGCCUGAAUGCCCAGAACCUGAUGGUGUCCAUUGACGAGCUACAGGAAAUCACGCGCCAAAUCAACGAGACGGAGGACUUCACCAAAGAGGUGGAUCUGGAGUACUGCGAGCACCGGGAUCAGCUGCGUCCCAGCGAGCGUCGCAUCACGCUGCUGAAGAACAAGAACCAGACGCUCAUUCACUUCAACCAGCAGAAGGAGAAGCUGCGCAAGGGCUGGCACGGCAUGAAGCACUGGUUCGGUGAGGAGGGCACUCGCCUCAAGGAGGCCGUUCGCCAGCAGACGCCCCUCAAGCGUCUGGCCCGCUCACGCAGUAAUCUGAAUCAAUCGACCACGGACGCGAGUCGUCUGUCCAUAUCGCCGGAACGCAAUACCCGCGACAUCACCGAGAGCUGUGAGGAUAUCACCAAUCGCACGGAACUGGACUCCUCCUUGUCCCAGAGGGCACUCAGCGAUGAGGAUUUGUCACCAAAUGCCAAACGCUUCAAGGAUGAGGUAUACCAAAGGAGUCGUUGUUCGUCGAGGGCUGGUCGUGGUCGUAGUCGCGGGCGUGGUCGUGGCCACCGUUCAAACUGGAGUUUCGUCUCGUUGCUAACUGGUUCCAAUUCUUUAUACUCCAAACAGGGCCAGAAUGGAUUCGAGGAACUGCGUCGCUACAUCAAGCAGGGCGGAGAUUUCAGCAAGGAGCUCAUAUUCGUCCUGCAGGAGCGUGCCGAUUCCGAAUUGAUUUACUCGAAAUCGCUCUCGAAGCUGGCCAAUAAGCUGAACAAGGCUGGCCGAGAGAUACCUGGGAGUGUGGCGGAUGCCUGGCGCGGCGUGGCCACCGAAAUGGAGAGCCGCAGCGAUAUCCACCGCCAGCUGGCGGCCUCCCUCACCGAUGAGCUGGUCAAGCCGCUCAAGGUGGUCGUCGAGAGUCACCACAAGGCGCGCAAAGCGGUCGAAAGUACUGUGGAUAAGGCCGCUCGGGUACUCAGCGAAUGGCGCAUAACGGAGGCCAAGGCCAAGAAGGCUUCGCAUACAGCGGCGCGUGAGAACGAGAAGCUGCAGGACGCCAUGCUGGAUGUGCGUAUCCAGAAGUCGCCAUCCAUUGCCAUGCUCCACCAGGGCCCCAACAAGAUCUCGGCCGAAAAGGAGCUAAAGAACGCUGAGAAGGACUGCGUAAAGCUGGACAACAAGCGCAAGAAGGCAGAGGAGGCUGUAAAGCGAGCCGAUGUCGAGUACUACACGAUGUGUGUGCGUGCCGAACGGGCACGCGUCGACUGGGAGAUGGCCGUGCUCCGGGGCAGCUCCCAGCUGCAGACCAACGAGCAGCAGCGUCUCGCGAAUAUGCACAACUUUGCCCAGCAAUACGGCCGCCUCAUCUCCGAUAUAAAUCCCAUUCUCGGUGGCCUCACCUGCCGCCUGCAGCCGCAGCUGGAUGCGUGCAAUGUCGACAAGGAUAUGCUGGUGGUAAGCAACAUCCGCCACCAUUCGGAGGGUCCCAGCGAGCAGCUACUGCCCGACUUUUACUGCGAACACACCACACUGGCCAUGAAUCGAGAACGGCGAAAGCAUGCGCUCAUCAAACUCCUACAGCUGGUGAAAACCGAUCUGGAACGCGAACGAAAGUCACGCGACGGCCUCCGUGGUCUCUCUCAGUCGUUAAAUAACCAGGAGAACCAAAACAUCACCGACAAGUUGUAUCACAUUCGAUCCAUGCUCACGUAUCUGGAGGGAUCACGCAUCAAACUGCAGUCGGCCCUCCUGGAGCUGGACCACAAGCCCCGCACCACACAUCCCCUGGCACAGCACAUUCAGAUCACGCGGGAUCGCACUGGCCUCCAGCAAAGCAUUCUCAAGGUCCCCAAUUGGCUGAAGAACAACGACAAGACGCAGCAGUCCACAGGACUGGAUGUGAGUGGAGGCCACCAGGAGGAUGAACCGGAGGAGGAGGAUGCCUGCUCCCAAAUGAUGGGCAAUGCGCUCAGCAACAGCUCCUGUGCGGACAUUAGUGUGACGGCGACGGGGCCAGCGCUGAAGCACUUCAAUCGGAGCAAGAGCAACAUUGAGACCUUCACCACCAGCCAACCAAAGAUAAUCUCCACGACGAACGCCUCGCUGGCCGCUGUGGCACUGGCGGCGGCGUCUGUCAAAUGCAAGACCAUACCAGCGAACCAUCAGCACAACCAUCAUCACAACCAUAACCAGGGCAGUGAUCGCGGCCAAGCAGACGGCGGCUCCAAUCAGCAGGACUCGGACUUUGAUGAAUUCAGUUCACAAGACGAGGACGAGGAGGACACGGGGCCCGUCAAGGGGCAGCAGGUACCACAAAGCCAGUUGCAGUCGCAAAACCAGAUGCCGACGCAGCAUUUCUACCAGAAUGCGCAGGAUUUGCAGAAGGGCGGCGGUCAUGGCCAUGGUCAGGGUCAGGGCCAAGUGCUUGGACGAUGCAAGGCGCUCUACAGCUACACACCAAAGCUUUACGAUGAACUGGAACUGAGUCCCGGCGACAUCAUCGAAGUUCAUGCCAAGCAGGAUGACGGCUGGUGGCUGGGGGCCCUGCGGAAUCACAUUGGCAUCUUCCCUGCCACUUAUGUGGAGGAGUGCUAGAAGGAGACCCCAACCCCCCGAAAGGAUCACUAGAUAUAUAGUACGUUUGUGUGUGCAAUAGAGUGCUGUGUGUGUGAAUGCGUUUCGAAUAUAAGACCGAGGCGAGGCUCCUCCGCGUUUGACUAAGAAAAUGCUGCUGCGAGGAUUUGCCUAUUAUGCGUUAAUUUAUCAUUUGGAAAUAUAUACAUAUAUUAUCAUUAAUGAAUGCAACAAGAAUAUUGUAUUUAAAAUGCUUCCUUUUUUUUUGGUUUUUUUUUUCUAGAAAAAAUAUAUUUCCUUAUACACGAUAUACAAUAUGUAUCUAUAUGUGAAAUACAGUCCCCAGUUGAUGAGUCAUUUAUCCGUCUGCCUGCUGCACAUUUAACUCUUUAACAUUUGACAGAUUUAAGCCGUCAAUAAAAUACUUUAAUUGUUA